AUGGAUCUCCAUCCAGACCCCCUCCAUGCUGGGGUCACCAAGCGGAUCCGACAAGCUUGUGCGAGCUGUCGGCGAAGGAAGACUAAAUGUUCUGGAGAGCGGCCACUUUGCUCCCAUUGCCGGCGAAAUCGCCAGCGGUGUGUUUACGAGCCCUACUCGAUGACGAUUGGCGAUGUUCCUAUGGAUGCCUUCAGGAGCUGGGGAUUUGAUCUAAUGGUGUUGCAGACCGAGUUAUUGCAUCGGAUCAACAGACUUGAGUCUCGCCUCGCCGAGCUGACUGAUCGAUCCCUGUCCCAAGCCGCUCUGGUGGAUCCCGUUCCAUCCGCUCCCCGCUUCAACAGUGAACAUUUUUCCCUCCCUCCGCUCCCGGUAUUGCAGUCCGUCAUUGAAACCUUCUUUGUCCAUGUCCAUAACCAGCCGUACUCGUACAUCCAAGAGGCGUCCUUCCGACAGAAACUGGAGACCGAUACCUUGCCCAAUUGUCUUCUGUUGGCCGUUUUAGCUUCUGCCGUCCGCUUUUCAUCGCACGAAUAUUACGGGGGACAGAGACUGGAGGCAACCGAAGUGUAUGCCAGGGAGUCAUGGAUGUCUGUCCUUAUGGAACAUCUGAUGGCGGCGGAUAACCUCAAUCUCGAGGUAGUACAGGCAGUCAAUAUGCUUGCAAUCGUGGAUUAUACAGCGGGCCGAGUUAGCUCUGCAUGGUUGAAGAUCGGUUUAGCGGCACGGGUUUCUCAAGAUUUGCGCCUAAUGGCAGAACCCUCUGGUUUUCUCUCCUUUACCGAACAGGAAGAGAGGCGAAGGCUGUUUUGGUCCGGCUAUCUAUUGGAUAGGCUUAUCUCCUGUGGUAAAUCACGACCCCUAGCUAUCCAUGACGAUGAUUGCAAUGUCCAGCUCCCGUGCGAUGAGGAGUCAAUCCAGAUGAUGGGACAGCGGCAGAAUACCCAUACGCUGCAUGAGCUGCUUUCGUGGGAUUCCAAGACAAAUGAUAGUCCCAGUCCUUUCGGCCUCGUGAUUCUGAUGGCGUCAAUCUUCGGACGGUGCACAAGAUACGUCCAUCGGGACCUGAUCCCGGAGCGGAUGCCCCCAUGGGAUACGACAUCGGAAUUCUCCAGCAUCAACUCUCUACUCCUGCUCACGGAGUCCUACUUCAAGAGGGACCAGGCUUCCCUUUUCGGGUAUAUCUACGAAGCGAAGCGUUCGCCUCAAUCGCAGGCUGGGCACCUUAUUUUUGCCCACACUCUGUUCCAUUUAUGCCACUGUUUGCUCAACCACCCUUUUCUAAUUCGAUUACGUUUGAAGCCGUUUCGGUCAAAGAUCCCGGAAAGUUUUGCAAUUCGUACCCUCCAAACAGGGAGCGAUCACGCGAGGCAACUAUUGGACCUUCAUCGCGAAGCUACGCAAUCCGGAUAUUUAGUGCAAUCUUCAUUCUACCCGUAUUGUAUUGUUAUCGCAGGAGGCAUAGAGUCUUUAGUCUUCCAUUCCGAGGAAUCAAGGACUGGUCUUCCAUCCUCGCAACCAUCACAGCAUUUCAGUCACAGUGUCAAUACUUUGGAGUCACUCGGCAACUUUUGGGCGCAUGCCGCGAAUAUGGCAAUCAGGCUUCGCGAAUUCCAUGCCCAGGCACAGACGUUCCCGGCCCUCCUUGAUGCUGAUUCUUUAGCAGAGGACCUUAACGCCACUGUUGAAGAGGCGCUUUGGUCCAUGAUUGACUAUGGAGUCGUUGGAGCGGGGACGGGCCCAACACCCGUUGCUCGUAGAAAUUCCCUGUCUCAUCUAGCCUCUCCUUCAUCGUGGGCUCUUGGAUCAGAAAUAUUCUCCGCUCCCCUGGAGGGAUUUGACGGAGCGAAUACGCAUCUACUCGAUCCAGUGGCAACCCCAACACAUUUUGAUCAGGUUAACAAUAUUCUUGACUCUACCAAUUCCCAUCCAAUUUGA